ACUUUAGAUUACAUUUUCUUUUUCAAUAGUGGGCUCGGGUUUUCUCUAUCUUCUCCAUAAUUAGGCUUGGUGUUGGCGUAUGUUCUGGGUCUGGCUUCGAAGAAAAAGAAAAGCGGCGGAGAAAAGAAAAUGGGAAAGAGAGAUAAGAAACAGAGGCAUCAUAAUCAACACAGAAGCAGAGUAGCUUCUUACUACAACACAGAACAAGAAGAUGAUGGUUAUAGCUAUUCACAGUCUUCCUUACCUAAUGAAGACUCAGACGCAGAACCUGAUGAUGUUGAAGAAGAAGAAGAAGAAGAAGAAGAGAAAGAGGACACUAGUGAUGCAAAAGCAUCUAAUGACGUUCCUUCAAAGUUUCUUCUUUACCAACAAUCUGUACAGUCGCCCAAAGGAGAUAUAAGCUAUUUGCAAAAGUUCUUUUUACUGUAUGUUGGUGGGAGGUUGCCUCUUCAUUUCCAGGAAGAUUUCUGCGGGACUGCUCUUUUAAGUACAGAAUGGCUACGUAGUGACUCAAGACGGACUGCUGUAGGAGUGGAUUUAGACCUUGAGGCACUAAAUUGGUGCAUGGCGAACAAUGUAAAUAAAAUUGGGGCUGAUGGAUAUUCCAGAAUAUCCCUCUUUCAUGGUAAUGUCUUGCAACCUUCUGAUGCUGAAUUAGUCAGGUUUGAGCCCCAAGAUCUGAUAAGUAACAUCAAAUUGGGAGAGCAGGGAGACAAUUCUGAGAAUACUGCACUGGAAUCUGCUCUCCAAGUGGGUUCAUCAGCUUCUGUUAGUGAUAAGUACUUGAAAAGAAACUUUCAGUUACCAGCAAGAGACAUUGUGUGUGCCUUUAACUACAGCUGCUGUUGUCUCCAUAAACGAGCAGAUCUGGUUUUAUAUUUCAAACAUGUUCUUGAUGCCUUGUCCAAAAAGGGUGGUUUAUUUGUGAUGGAUUUAUAUGGUGGAACAUCAUCAGAAGGCAAGCUAAGGCUUCAGAGAAGAUUUCCAAAUUUUACGUAUAUCUGGGAGCAAGCUGAAUUUAACAUAAUUGAGCGCAAAACAAGGAUCAGCCUCCACUUUCAUCUUCAGAAGCAGCAGAAGAAGCUUCGCCAUGCAUUUUCAUACAGCUGGAGGCUGUGGUCAUUGCCAGAGAUCAGAGACUGCUUAGAAGAGGCUGGAUUUAAAUCCAUUCACUUCUGGCUUCGGAGGAUGCCAGACAGCAAAGACAACAGGAGCGUAGAGGGAUUCGGGUUCGGGCGAGACAUAAAGUACGAGGAGGUCAAAACUUUUGAACAAGAAGAUUCUUGGAAUGCAUACAUUGUAGCUGUUGCAUAGUUCAUCUCCUCAGAGUUGAAUCUAGUUCUCGCUGCAUAAAUUUCUACUCUUAUCAGAAAAACAGGAAUUGGAGGAUGACCAGGAAUUGAUUUUUCCGUAGAUUUGAAAUGGCGGAAGAGCACAGAUGCCAAGCACAGCGUCUCUGCGUGAACAAUUGCGGAUUUUUCGGUAGUCCGGCCACGCAAAACCUUUGUUCAAAAUGUCACCGUGAUCUCCAACUCAAAGAACAGCAAUCUUCCAACGCAAAACUCGCCUUCAGCCAAACCCUAAGCGCAUCAUCGUCGUCAUCGUCGUCAUCGUCGUCGUCGCCGUCAGCGGCUUCUGUUUCUAUUUCUAUUUCAUCUCCUCCGAUCGUUGACCUACCGGAGGUCAGCAGCAAAGCUGAGGUGGUGGUAGAGGAUAAGGAGGAGACAGCGGCGGAGACGGUGGUGCGGCCGAAUAGGUGCUUGACGUGCAGGAAGCGCGUGGGGCUCACGGGGUUCAAGUGCAGGUGUGAGAUGGUGUUUUGUGGGACCCAUAGGUACCCGGAGCAACACGGCUGUACUUUUGAUUUUAAAGCUAUGGGCAAAAAGCAGAUUGCUAAAGCCAAUCCUGUUGUGAAGGCAGAGAAAUUGGAGAAGAUAUGAGUUCCUUUUAUUUGAAAAAACUAAACAAGAAAAUCAAAAAGUUGGUUUCUUCGUGUGAUUUGGAAUUUUAGGAUUUGGCUUAUGGAAUGAAAAAUCUGAUGAAUGUUCCCGGCCGCCACUGGCCGGCCUCGCCGGGGAUGGUGGUGGUGGUGGUGGGUUGUUAAUGGAUGUUAUUGUUGUUGUUGGGUUGGUGGUAGUUGGGUGGGGUGGGGAGUAUUAUUAUGUGGUGUAUGUAAAUUCAAUGAUAAUUUUAAUUGGCUCUUCCUUUUUUUUCUUUUUAA